UAAUCACAGCCGUGAUGAUUUAGAGUUAUAUCACACUCCUACUCAAGCGAUAUUGCUUAAAUAUAGUAUAUUAUAUUAGUGCAACCAAACGCAACAACCAGACAUUUUGAUGCUGGGAAACCAUUUUGAUAAACUUAGCUAACCACUGGGGAACAACACCACUUCCGUUGCCAAAAUGUACCACAGUACUGAUCAUCACUUUUGUCUAUGUACCACCAUAAUAGCAGAAGAACAAUAGGAUCCACAGUGCUUUUUUCUCAGCCAGUUGGGGGCAGAAGUCUAUGCACAACAGAAAGAAAAUAAAAGUGUGUACCUUUUGAAGUCAAAGACGUUCAUUGUCAUAUGAUUUUUUGGGGAUGGUUAUGUAUUGCAAGGAUAGUUAAGAACAUGUAGAAUAAACUCUCGGUAAGCUAUGGGGAAAUACUUUUUUGCUAUAAAGUUAACCCCCGCUGAAACUUAUUUUCCUUCCUGAAGCGCAGUCUGCCGUUUGUGUUCCGUUGUAAGUCUCUCUGUCAGCAGCAGUGUUCCUCUGUAAGAUUAAAGACAGUAAACAGGUUUGCUGUAGUUGCUGUUAUGCCGUUGUUUAUUUUAAGAUGAUGUUUUGCUUAAGUAGAAGUAUUAGGAUGAUGAAAGCACAUCUUAAGAUUCUAAUUCUUUAUAGGGUUUUAUGUGAUGUGUUGGUGAAGUCUGAAAAUGUUUUUGAGGGAACAGUGGGACAGACGGUGGUUAUCAGAUGUCCUUUUCCAGAUCUUCACAUAUAUACACCAAAAUACUUUUGCCGUCAUCCAUGUAAGCAUGUUUUGAUUAAAACUGAAAAGAUUGAUGAGGUCGUCUCAGCUGGAAGAUAUUCUGUAAUGAGCACUACCAAUACAAAGAUCUUCACUGUAACCAUCAGACAUCUGACACUUAAAGACUCUGGUUUUUAUUACUGUGGACUUGAUCAAUGGUUUAAAGACACACUGGAGAAAGUACAGCUGGUUGUCCAUUCAGCUCCUGUGACUCCAGCUCUAUACACGUCAGCUGCUGUAUUGAGCUCCACACACAUCCUUAAUAACACAGUAGUGUCUACAACACACACAUAUACAGUCGAUGUGAGUCUGGUUUAUGCAGGUGUUCUGCUGCUGCUGGUGCUCUGUGCUCUUGUGGCUUUGGUUUUACUCUACAAGAGAAAAUCAAUGUCAAAGUCCAGCGCGUUGAACCAUCCCACUCCUGAUAAUCUAGUUCUAGAUACACCAGACCCCAGCCAGAAUAUAGAAGACGUCUAUCACCUCUAUAAUGUAGUGACAGAGCAUUGCUCUGUUGGUCGACCUACAGCAGAUGAUUCAUCUCUAAACUAUUCAACAGUGCAGAACUGUGAUAUUGCACCUCAGGAUGAUGUUAACGCUUUGUAUUCACUCAUUACUUUACAACCAAUGUAAAAUGAGGAUAAAUAAAUAAAGUAUACUACAGAGCA